CUUGGCUUGGCAAGUGGGUGGGAGAAAUAGCGGCACCCUCCAACUGAGAGCAAGACAGGGGCGUGGCCAUGGAUAGCGGCUGAAGUGGUUACCCAGGGAGAGAGAGGGGGGAAUGCGGUACCUGAGGGGGAGCAGCGGCGUUGUGAGGCCUGUGUGUGCGCCGACAGUGAUACUUCCUUCUCCUUUGCAAUUGGAGGAUGCUGAUAAAGAAACUGCAUAGACAUCCGUACACUCUCUGUGACUGCUGACUGACCUACUCUGGCUGUACUGGUGGCUUCGUUGCCUGUUCCUUACGGAUACAACAUGUCUUAUUUUGGAGAACACUUCUGGGGGGAUAAAAACUCUGGCUUUGCUGUUUUGUACCAUAAUAUGAAACAUGGGCAACUAUCUGUCAAAGAACUGGCAGACUUUGUGCGAGAAAGAGCAGCCAUUGAGGAAUCGUACUCAAAAUCCAUGCAGAAACUGUCCAAGAUGGUCAGCAGUGGGAGCCAUUUAGGGACAUUUGCUCCCAUGUGGGAGAUGUUCAGAGUGUCUUCAGACAAGCUAGCUCUCUGCCACCUGGAACUAAGCAAGAAACUGCAUGACCUUAUCAAAGAUAUCAGUCGGUAUGGAGAUGAACAAAUCAAAAUGCACAAAAAGUCCAAAGAUGAGAUGUCUGGUACCCUGGAGGCCAUACAGUUGCUUCAGUGCAAUUCUCAAAUGCUGCAGAAAUCACGAGACAAUUACUGCACCAAAUUCUCUGAGCAGGAGCGCCUCAGGAGAGAGGGCUCGCUACAAAAAGAGUUAGAAAAGGCUGAGCUAAAGACCAGGAAAGCAGCAGACUCCUUGCGUUGUUCAGUUGAGAAAUACAAUGCAGUACGCAAAGAAUUUGAGCAAAAGAUGUUGCAGUCUGCACAGACAUUCCAAGAUACAGAGGCCACUCAUCUUAGACACAUGAAGCGACUUGUCACUGCAUACUCUCAUUCAGUGGAGGACACUCAUGUUCAGAUUGGACAGGUUCAUGAGGAAUUUAAACACAACAUGGAAAAUGUGGCUGUAGAGAAAUUAAUAAGAAGAUUUGCAGAAAGCAAUGGGACAGGAACAGAUAGGCCAGAGCCAGUGGAAUAUGAAGGUUUCCGAUUUCCAGCUUCUUUAGAAGGUGUAAAACGUACAUGGUCCAAACCUUUUCGUAUUCGUGGUCUGAGCAGAAGAGAGAAAGAAGCACAUCCUGUGGAAUCAUCAGAGUUAGACUGUAUGAAUCAUCCAGAUGUAGAUGAAGAAGGUUUUACUAUUCGACCAGAUGAUAAUUUGAACAGGAAUUCUGUUCAGUGCUGUUCCUCAAGUGAUUCGGAUUUUGAUGAUGAUGGAGAAGAGCCACGCCGAAUCAGGUUUCAGAUCAAACCCCCUCAGAUUAGCGAGAAUGUUGAAGACCAGGAGACAGAAAUGAAGCGCCUUCGGGAGUCUGUAGAAUGUAUUUUACAACCGCCAUCAGCAGUGGUAUCCGUUAGGCGUCACAACAUACGAACUGCUGGGGCUGUGGAUGUUUCUUCAGGAGACCCGCAAAUAUUAAAUCAAACAGAAAAAGCAGCUGAGAGCCUUUCCGAUACCCCCCCUUCUUCCCUUACGAGCAGUGAUACAAAUUCAGUGAAUCACUCCCAGUCAUUAUUUGGUCCUCUUCUUGAAUCUCUCUUUGAGUCCGAUGAUUUUACAGGAUGUCGGAACUGCACUCUCACUUCUAGUCCAUCUCCCUUCUCCUCCUCCUCUCCAGAGAAUGUGGAGGAUUCUGGACUGGAUUCUCCUUUCCAUCCAUUCUCUGGGCCUUCCCCCGAUUCCCGCCCCUGGACUCCACGUGAUGACGUCUCCACUGGUGACUCACUUCUUGCUGCACGGUCUUGUGCAGAAUCUCCUUCAGAUUCCGAAAUUGCUCCAGUAACAGAAUUAGGAAAGAAGAAUGCUUCUGAACAAAGAGUUUGUGCUCCCAGUAUUUCAGCAUCUGAUUAUACCACAUUGAGUACUACAGAGCAAUCUUCCUGUGAAGCUGAUUCUUGGGACUCACCGGGCUAUAAUCUGUCUUUGCCACCACCUACAGCACCACGUCUUCAACGAAGCAGUAAUAUGACUGCUUCACUAAAUCCUUCCCUGCUGACCCCAGGCGUUUGUUCCUCAGUUCACAAUGACCGUGGCUUGUCCCCAUUUUCUUUAGGUGUUGGAACUUCCUUAGGAUUGUCUCGUGGCCCCAGUCCGGUUAUAUUGGGGUCUCAGGAAUCACUACCUGUGGCUGCUGCUUUCACAGAAUAUGUCCAUGCUGUGUUUGAAGGAGGGGCUCUUGAGGGUUCCAGUUUGCGGAUUUCAGGAGAACUUACCAUGUCCUUUCCAGCAGGCAUUCUCCGGGUGUUUGCGAGUACUGCAACACCGCCUGUACUCAGCUUCCGUUUGAUCCACACUUCACAUGUGGAACACUUUGCUCCCAACUCUGAGCUUUUGUUUAGUGACCUGUCCCAGAGUGACCCAAACAGCAGGGACUUCUGGCUAAACAUGCCUGGACUAACCUCUUACCUGAACAACAUGGCAGAACAGCACGCAGCUCCUUACUACAAUGUCACACUGCUCAAGUACCAGGUAUUAAAAUCAGGCAUCUCUGCAGCUCCUUUGUACCUCACAUCAACUUGGAAGUGUGGUCCAUCCUCGACAGACCUCUGCUUGGACUAUAGACAGAACAUUGCUUUUUUGUGUGAUGUGCAGAUUUUGUUGCCUCUGGAUGAACCUUUUUCUAACUUGCAAUCUGACCCUCCUGCUCGCUGUGCUGAACGGAGAUUACACUGGCAGAUCCCUCAUGAGCCUGCAGGGAAUGAACAUGAUGGUUGGGGGCGUAUCUGUGCCCGUUGGCAGCCACUCCAUGCACCUAGCAGACCCACUUCUGCUGUGGCACAGUUCACUUCUGAGGGCAGCACUCUCUCUGGUGUAGACAUAGAACUGGUGGGCUCUGGAUACAGGAUGUCUCUGGUUAAGAAAAGGUUUGCCGCAGGUAAAUAUCUUGUAUGCUGAUAAAUCAUGUCACCUUGCACUACUUGUCACCAAUUGGACCCCUUCUGAAUUCCUGCCUAAUGCAGGAAGCAGCAUAGAGCCACUUUGUGCUGGAUGACAGGACCAUCGCUUGAGUAUUCCGGCCUUCCUAAAGGGAGUACCUAAGGAAAUGCUCACCUACGGUUAAUGAAAAUGUUUGUCUGUAAUUUUCUUAUUAUGAAAUAAGCACUUUAAAGAUAUUUAGACUCUGGAUGGUGAUGAAGCAGCAGUUAUUAAAAAGACAAAAGGGAAAACAAAAUCAAGUGGUUGCAAACACUGGAUUCCCAUUGUGGGAUGUCAGAAUGUUACAUUGGCUCCUUGGCCAAGCAGGGAGAUGUCAAGCACUCAAUGCAUUGCUUAGAAAAUGAUUUUCUGAUACGGUAUGCACAGGGUCCCCUUCCAACUGACCGCUUUCGAUAUAUUUUUUGAUAUCCUGGCUUUGUUGGUUCUUGUUCUAAUAAAAUAUAUGAAUAUAUGAGAUGAAGAGGCUGAAUGUGUGGUGCAGUAUGGUGAAUGUGGAGAGAGUGCUUGGGUUUAAUUUAGUAUAAGCGUGUAUAACACAACACACACAUUUCCAUUAUGUACUGCCUAUACCCCUUUCAUAUUCACCCUCUUUUGGCUUAGCUGAAGGCUUCUGAGUAUUGGACAAAGAUAAUAUAUAUUAUAAAUAAAUAAAUGUAUGUAUAUAUUUAUAGAUAUAUAUUGUGUGUACAGAAAAUAAAGUUUGGUGCUGUGAAAUGUU